AGAGACAUUCACAGCAAACAACAGGAUGGAAGAAUCACUAGGAGAAGCCAUCGACAGACAAGACUGGUCAACAGCAGCAGGACUAGCAACCUCACUCGACACCGAACCAGCCUACAUCAGCAAACACAGACUCAUCCAACAACUAUCAUCGGCCGAACAGAGCACCAUCGAUCUGAGCUUACUCGAAACCGUACUCGAAACAGAUCCGACAUGGGCUGCUCGACUGAUAAUCAACUUCUUAAACAAGCCCCCACCAUCAACAUCAUCAUCAUCAUAUUCAUAUCCCCAAGAAAAUCAACUCAUCAAGCUACUAAAUGAAUCGAUAGACCGCUGGCUCGACCAACUCUCGUCUGCUUCUCAUCUGGACUUCUCUCUCAAACAAGUCCUAAGCGAAUCGGUAGAAGAUCUAGAAGACGAACUGAAGCCCGAAAGGAUCGAAGAUUUGAUCAAAGGAAACCAGGAGAUCGCUGAAGCUUGCUCGGCGAAAUGGUUCUCGAUUCAGGCGGAACUAAAAUGGAAGAUCUAUAAUGAGCUUUAUCAACCCGAAAAAUCGUAUCAAGAUAAUAAACAUGAAUCAACGGAAGAUGAAACAGAAGAGACAGAUAACUGGGGAGGUCUCGAGCUUGAUCCACUCGAAGAUCUGGACGAGGCGGUUGAUCAACUGGAACCCAAUCCUUCAUUCCUGUCAUUCCUUCAGUCAGAUCUAGACGACUUGGCCUUACUAUUUGCCUCUCAGCUCCAGCUCGGUCGAUUGAGACGGUUGCUUGAAAGUCAACAGAUCAGCUUAAAUUCAACCAUCCUCUUCGAUUCGAUUCCAUUACACGCACGGCCUAGUGAUCUGGACUAUGGACAAGACUUAAUUGCUCUCCUGCCCCGCCCAAUCAUCAAAUCCAAGCCAUCCACCUCCUGCAAAAACGUCAUCACCACGAUCUUCAGUCCUGCUCAGCAACAGUCUCUGUCAAGUGAAUUAACUGAACAGCAACUGACCGACUGGUAUUUGCUACGUGUCAAGGCUAUUGAUCAUUUCACGGGCUGUAUCGACACGGCGAUCGAAAUCAUACAGCACGGUGCGGCCUCAGGAGUACCUGGACUCGAAUUACUGGCUGAAGAUUUAAGUCUGUUAGCCAAGCUUCUUUAUGAUGCCCCCUAUUCAUCAGCUGAAUAUGAUUGGACGUUGGAGGAAUGGUCAUCAAAGUCCCCCGAUGAAAUAGUCAAAGCCUAUCUUGCUGGAUCAAGUCCUUCCAGUCUAAUCAAGGAUAUCCAUCGAUUAGUUUUACCCUACCUCGGCGUUCUCGAAAGUCGAAGAGCAAGAGCUUCGGUCCCAGGAGCUGAAUCCACGAUUCCAGACUCACUCCGAACUUGGGCCCUCAGUCAGUCUAAUCAUCUACCACUUCUCGAAGCUCUCAUCAAGGCAAGUUCCCCCAUGAUGAAGCUCCCGGAGCGGCCGAUCAAAAGCAAUGAAGAUCUCGCCCGGAUCCUAGUCGCCUGUCUGUAUACCAGCUCGUCGCUUGAUGAAUGGGAAUGCAUGGGGCGGAUGUUCGAAUGCAUGCCUGCCUUUCCAGAUAACAUUCCUUCGUCUGACGAAUUCAAUUCAGCAGACUACUUGCAUGGACUUUUCACGAGCAGCACAGGGUCGACAAUAUGGAGCCUAGAGGGAACCACUCUUGUCUACAAUACCUUGCGAGAGCUUGAUAACGGACGAUUGUCAUCGAUUUUAGAUGGGCUAGACGAUCAUCUGACGACUGCAGAGGUUUUAGCUCGUUGGAACGUACCUGCUAGACUUGCUGAUCUCGUGCUCAAGUUCCAUGGCAAUAAAAUCGCCCAACAGAAACUGGCGACCAAGAUCGCUCGACAGGAGGGUGGGAUCGAGAUGGAGAGUGAGGAAGAGUGGGAAGUCCUACUAGAAGCGAUGAUUGAGUUAUCACAGCCCGGUCGCGCACUGGAUUUGUUGGACAAACAAGAAAUCACAAAGCUAUUCUUCUCUGGCUUGCUAACUUCCGGAAAGUUCAAACUUGCCAAGUCACUGUUUUCAUCAACGUCCGAUGGUCCUUUACUAGAGGCCUCAACACAAGAAGAGCUUGUAAUCGCUGCGUCACGCGAGUUUUACGACAAUGCUGAGUCGGGCAAUUUGCACACAAGGGAGAUGAAGAUGGCAUAUGAUUGCCUUACCGUUGUACCUCAAACAUUGAACAUCAAAAGAGAACGAGAUUUCAUCGAAGCAACUAGUCGGUUGGCAUCAUUCAAAAUUGAAUCACAAGCUGGAGUUCUCAUGUCGCCCAUAGAGUUUCGUCUGAAACCCAACAAGCUAGACCUUAUUGCGAAAGUGCUCGACGUAAGUCGUACGGCAUAUCAACAUCAAGAGAUGAUCAUCGACUUGGUCAAUAAGCUAGGUUAUGGUGAAGAUUCACUUGUCCAGAUCAAAGCAUUAUCGAUGGUGGUUCAAGCUGCUCUCGGAGAAGGGAGCCUUCCGGUUGGGACGGAGACGUGUGAAAGAAUGAUUUCGAUACUUGAACGGAUGAAGAAGCGAUCGAGACAGGAUGAUCAGAUGGGAUCAUCAUCAUCAAGAGUUGACGAAGCGUCGGAAGUGGUUUGGAAAACUUGCGAGGGGAUCGGAAGAUAUGAUGGCUAUGGAGCCAAUCAACCCAGUCUGAAGGGGUUCAAGACCAAAUUCAUGGCCCAUGCGAUCAUUAUCUGUCCCGCCGAGCAGAUCCCAAGGCUCUUGAUGGCAUGCAAAGAAGCGGAGGCCAAGGAGGAGUUAGUGGAAACGAGGGAGUCGAGCGGACUUGACAGAAGCACCCGAUCUGACUCAAUGGCUCGCGGGGGCUCGCUGUGGAACUCAAUCGAGCUCGAGAAAUCGAUGAGCGAGUCGAACGUGAUCUCAGGAGGCGGAGGGGGAACGAACCUGGGCCUACCGGGAGGAGACCUAGCCAGUCGGACGCUCGAACGUGCGGCCUCGCUGUUCCCUUUCAAGAGUAAAACCUUACCCCCACAGGGUGGCUUCAGAUCGACCCUUAACGAAUCGCCUCCUCGGAUGACACUCUCUAACUCUUUGGGCGCCAAUCAGUCCGACCUUCGUUCUUCUUCUUCUCAUACCCCUGAUCCAGCAAACCCUUCUCAUACCUCUCAACCUGACUUCAGUCUUCCCCUCAAUAAUCUCGUCGAUCAGAACUCUGAUCAUCCUCUUGGCUUCGGCGUUGGCGUUGGAACUGAUCGGUUAACUACUGCUCUCAGCAACAAAUUUACCUCCGGUGUCGGUUGGCUAAUUGGAGCCAAUGAAGAUGAAUCAUCAUAAUUUGCUGGUGUCGCAUACACUUCCUCUCUUCGCUUCUUAUCUUUAUUAUUGUUGUCUUGUUGUAUAUAAAAAUUUCGUCUAUUGUUGUCGUUUUGUUCCUCUAGUCUAUCUCAAUCAAAAUCGUAAAAAUGAAAUGAAAUACCCCAUCUAGUUCGAAGUUUGAA